GGCGUGGCCUGCAGCCGGGGAUGGGCCACUCAGGGAAGCGACUCCGCCCGCUGCGCCCCAUCUCGCCGUGCGCAGCAUCCGCCGGUUGACAGAAAGAGAAACUGAGGCCUAAGGGACCGGGCGGGACCCCCCUCCCCGGCAGGCAAGGCCGGGCCUGCGGGUGGGUCGAUGGAUUGCAGGGCAUUGCAGAAGCCCGGCUGAGCGCCCACCCAGGAGCAGCGCGCGCUCGCCAGCCCUCUCCAUCCCGGCCCCAGGUUGCGGGGCGCAGCGCGGGGACACCCCCGCCUGGCCCGGGGACUCCCUCCGGGGCUGCGCUGCGCUCGGGGUGUCGCUUUAACUUGGAGCGGGUGCGGGAGCGGGCGGGGAGCGCGGGGCGCGCGCGGCGGGCUCCUGGGAGCGUGCCCGGACUGCGGCGCCCCGAGCCCCCGGCCCCGCCGCCAAGCUCCGAGCCGGCGCCGGCCACACUGCAGCGGUGGCGUCGCGGGAGCGGCCGGGCUCGGCGCUGCGGGAGCGGCCGCUGCAGUGUGCGCCAUGGCGGUGGACGUGACUGAAUACCAUCUGAGCGUCAUCAAGAGCCCCCCUGGCUGGGAGGUGGGUGUCUACGCUGCAGGGGCCCUGGCACUGCUGGGAAUCGCUGCUGUGAGUCUGUGGAAACUCUGGACUUCUGGAAGCUUCCCCAGCCCCUCCCCAUUCCCAAACUACGACUACAGGUACCUUCAGCAGAAGUACGGGGAGACCUAUGCAGAGGCCAGGCAAAAGAGGGUGCCCACCUGGACGGCCCGGGCGCCCAGCCGCAAGGGCAGCCUGAGCCUUGAGGACACGUUCGAGAGCACCAGCGACCUGGGGCCCCUGGAGCUGAUGGGCCGCGGCGAGCUGGACCUGGCGCCCUACGGGGCCCUGCGCAAGUCGCAGUCGGCCGAUUCCCUGAACUCCGUGUCCUCCGUGAGCAACACCUUCGGGCAGGACUUCACGCUGGGCCAGGUGGAGGUGAGCCUGGACUACGAGGCCGCCUCGCACACGCUGCGGGUGGCCGUGCUGCAGGGCAAAGACCUCCUGGAGCGCGAAGACGCCGCUUUCCAGUCCUGCUUCAUGCGCGUCAGUCUGCUGCCCGACGAGCAGAUCGUGGGCAUCUCCCGGAUCCAGAGGAAUGCCUACUCCAUCUCCUUCGACGAGAAGUUCUCCAUCCCUCUGGACCCCGGCGCUCUGGAGGAGAAAAGCCUGCGUUUCUCCGUGUUCGGCAUCGAUGAGGACGAGAGGAACGUCAGCACGGGGGUGGUGGAGCUCAAGCUCUCGGUCCUCGACCUCCCGCUGCAGCCCUUCAGCGGCUGGCUCUACCUACAAGACCAGAACAAGGCAGCAGACGCUGUGGGGGAGAUCUUGCUGUCUCUGAGCUACCUCCCUACGGCUGAACGCCUCACUGUGGUAGUGGUGAAGGCCAAGAACCUCGUGUGGACCAACGACAAGCCCACAGCCGACCCCUUCGUCAAGGUGUACCUGCUGCAGGAUGGGAGAAAGAUGAGCAAGAAGAAGACGGCGGUGAAGAGGGAUGACCCCAACCCCGUGUUCAACGAAGCCAUGAUCUUCUCCGUGCCGGCCAUAGUGCUCCAGGAUCUGUCCCUCCGCGUGACGGUGGCUGAGAACAGCAGCGACGGCCGAGGGGACAACGUGGGCCACGUCAUCAUCGGGCCUUGUGCCAGCGGAAUGGGCACCACACACUGGAACCAGAUGCUGGCCACGCUGCGCCGGCCCGUGUCCAUGUGGCACUCUGUCCGGCGAAAUUAGCUGCAGGACGGGCAGGGCACCAGAGAUGCCUGAAGCCGGCACCAGUCCAGCUGACACCAUGAAUGCUGGGGUCCCCAGGAGAAGUCCCCCAAGCCAUCCGGGUCUCUCUGUCAAAGGCACAAGGGACAGGCAUACCCGGCUGUCGGGUCCCAGAGUCCCUGGCCCUAAGGACCAGCACGAUGGGGCGAGAACCGGGGGUUGUGGGCUCUGGACCUGGGGGACCCUCGGACACUGACCUCUUGAACUCCCAUCACCAUCACCCCACAUGUCUAUGACUGGCCUGGAGGUUGCUUUGGAGUCAAAGAGAACAGCCUCUCCCCAACCUGGAGGUGCCGGAGUUCACCGGAGUCCCCAGGUGGCCCACCAGGGAGGUGGGAGCCGUGCUGAGGGGAAGACAAGGCCCCAUACGUGUCCCCAGAUAGGAGGUGACUCAUCUAGAGUGUGGCAGCGACACGGAGCCUGAACACACCCAUGUGGGGGAUGAGACUCCACAGCCCUCCCUGCCAUCAACCCCUUGAGGACAUGGGGUGUCCCGGGCCAGCUCUGGAAACUAAUUCUGGAAGGAGACAGCUGGCAAGGGGGCGGUGGCUGCGAGAGCCCAGGAGGACACACCAGGGGGGGGGGGGGCGGAUGAAAGCAGCCGGAAAGGAGGAAGGCCCCACGUAUGGUGGCUUCAAGAAGGGGGGACCUUUGUGUGGGGUAAUCCCGGGAUGCGCCUGCCCAGAAGCAAAAAAAAAAAACUAGGAGGCCCUUAUACCUCCUCGCAUCACUGGCAGAGAAACGCCUCCCUGGAAACCAACAGGCCUGCACCCCUGGAGUCUUGGGGUGUGCUGCCGGAUCCUGGGGAUAGGGGCAGGAUA